AUGUUUGCAGAGAAACGCCUGUACCACAGACCGCCAGCGCUCGCCGUCAUCUUGACGCUAGAGAUUGAUUCGGCAUCGACCGAAUCCCUCGAUCCGGAAGUCCCUUUCCGCAAGAGCAGUAGAGCCUCUCGCAUACUCAAUGCUUUGGUCACCCUCUUGUUCUUCUCUACAUCGCUGGGCGUGAUCACCUACGUGAUUCUACUCUCCCUCCUCCUGAGGAUCGGGGUAGGCGCCCCUCCCUCCCGCUACCUUACCCUCAUCAGUAAGCUCGACGUUGCGCAUGCGGUCACGGCACGCCUCAAUUACAUUAUCAGCGAUGCAAUCGUCGUAUGGAGGGCGUGGAUCCUGUGGCCAAACGAUCGCGUCGCGCAGGCGCUCCUCCUAUUGUGCAUGGCCUACAGCGCGGUCGCCGUUAUCGUCAACGGCGCGCUCCAAGCGAACAUGAGCGACUCGCCCGUGCCACACACCAUCGCGCGCUCGGCGAUGCUGGUCACGAAUGCGGUCGCGACGGCGCUGGUGGGGAUAAAACUUUGCGCGCUUCCCGUCGGAAAAGAGUGUAGUCUGAUGGAUGCCCGCAGGCUGUACAGACGCAACGUGAGCGCGUCGAUGAGCUUCAUGUCUGGAGGCGGGCAGGUCGGAGGCAUACUCGUCCUUCUUGUCGAGUCCGGCGUCGUGUACUGCAUCGUUUGGAUCCUCGAGAUGAGCUCGAUCAACCGAAGUGUGGAAUACCUGAUGAACUUCGGCGCGCUCACCCCCGUUCUCGCUGGCAUCUACCCGACCUUCGUCGUGCUCGUUGUCACGCUGCAGCAGCAUGCGACCGCGCAGGCGAUGAUUGGCACGCAUACCACGGGGGUUCCGGAGCCUUUGCGCUUUGCUAAUCAUAGGGAAUCGUUGUGCUUCGCUACGAACUGUGGGGAGGCAUUGAGCGAGGGGGAUCCCUCGGGAUCGAGGGGAGGGAUUGUGCAGUUGGGACAGCGUGAAUGGACGGAAUGAGAGGAAUCGGGAGGACUGGUCGAGCAGUAGAACCAUCGGGGAUGGACGCAGCGUCCAGGAGGAGGAUUACGAACUUCGAGGACGGAGUGAGGCGGCUAGCGCGGGCGUGACUACGUCGAGUGUUCGGUCUUGGGGGAGGGAUUUCCCUGUAAAGUAAGACACGAACUUUUCC